GCAUCCGCUGUCCACGGUGCUGAAACAAGCGAGGACGCGCUUGUUCCAUUCCUCUGCACAGGGCGCUGUCCACCCGGCGGUGCUGAAAGCUCACAGGCGCUGAACGGCACAUCAAUGUACAGUCACUCGCUGUCCAUGGUGCUGAAACGAGCGAGGACGCGGUUGUUCCAUUCCUGCGUACAGGGCGCUGUCCACCCGACGGUGCUGAACGCUCACAGGCGCUUAACGGCACAUCAAUGUACAGUCACUCGCUGUCCAUGGUGCUGAAACCUGUGAUGAAGCGCCUGCCCCAUUCUUGUUCACAGAACGCUGUCCACUAUGCGAGGCUGGACACACACAGGAGCUUAAUGCUGCAUUAAUGCAAUUUGGGAACAGGCAGGGCGAUAUGUGAGCCCUCUUCUCACACUGGUCCACACAAGUUUUCAACGCCAAAGGGAGGGCAGUGCCAAGACAAAGGGAACAAUUGACUUAUCUGCAUGUGCUACAGUAUCCAGAGACAGUGAAGCAGAAGCCACUCUUUACAGGUAGUCACGACUAGAGAAAGUGAGCAGCAGCAGCCAGCAAAGGCAUCAGACUGAAGGCAGAGGGGAUCCAGCACACAGAGAGCACCCAUGCUCCCUCAUCUGUUUUGUUCGGAUGUCCCAUCCUCACCUGAUGAUGACGGGAGCAUUAGGAUGCACCCACGCUCAGCCAGCAGUCACAUCAAGCUGACAAGACCCUUCCUUGUCUGCGAAAAUGGGGACUCAGACUCUGCUCUGUCUUUGGACUCCAGUGUCUUUUGCAGCGAUUAUUCUGCAGCACCCCAAGAUCAUUUCACCAUCAAUGUUGGGGGCAGCAGGUUCAUCAUCUCGCAGCAAACCUUGUCCAGCCACCCGCAUACACGCCUGGGCAGACUGGCAUCAGGAUGCGAUGAUGUGUAUGACCUGUGUGAUGAUGCCAACUUGCUGGACAAUGAGUAUUUCUUUGAUCGCAGCUCUCAGAUGUUUGAGUACAUAAUUAACUACUACAAAACUGGGCGUCUGCAUGUCAUGGACCAGCUGUGUGCAGUGUCAUUCCUUCAAGAGAUAGAGUACUGGGGCAUUGAUGAGUUGAGCAUUGAUCACUGUUGCAGGGAUAGGUACUUUAGGAAGAAACUUAGGAUUGAAACACUGGACAUUAAGAAGGAUGAGGAGGAGGUAGAACCUGAAGAAGAUGACUUCACUGGGGUUAUUUUCGAGCAACUGAGACAGAAGCUAUGGGACGUCCUGGAGAAACCUAGGUCAUCGGUGGCUGCUAAAACCUUUGGCACCAUCUCAAUGACCUUUGUUAUCGUUUCCAUAGCCAACAUGGUUCUCAUCUCAUCUGAUAUCAACACAGUAGACCCGCCUCUUUUAAAUGUUUUGGAAUAUAUCUGUAUCACCUGGUUUACUGUGGAGCUGACUCUUAGGUUUCUCUGUGUCAAAGACAAAUGCCUUUUCAUGAAAAGUAUUACUAACAUUAUAGACAUUAUUGCAAUCUUACCCUUUUACAUUACCCUUAUAGUGGAAACCUGGUGUGGGGAGAGCACCAAACUGGAGAACGUUGGGAGGAUUGUUCAAGUCCUCAGGCUGCUGAGAUCAUUAAGGAUGUUAAAACUCGGUAGACAUUCAACAGGUUUAAAGUCUUUAGGAAUGACAAUUGCCCAGUGUUAUGAAGAAGUUGGCCUGUUGCUCCUCUUUUUGUCGGUCGGCAUUUCCAUAUUCUCUGCCUUGGAAUAUGCCGUGGAACACAGCGUCCCCGACACCACAUUCACAAGUGUCCCUAGCGCCUGGUGGUGGGCGACCACCUCCAUGACGACAGUAGGUUAUGGAGACAUCAGACCGGACACCACGCUUGGUAAAAUUGUUGCCUUUUUGUGCAUUUUGUCGGGAAUCUUGGUUUUGGCGUUGCCAAUUGCCAUCAUAAAUGACCGUUUCGCUGCUUGUUACUUUACAUUAAAGAUGAAGGAAGUAGCUCUAAGGCAAAGAGAAGCAUUAAAGAAACUAAUGAAGAACAUAAGUACGGAAUCAGAUAUAAAUGUUAACUUAAGAGACAUCUACGCCAAAAGUAUCAUGGAAAUGUUACGGUUGAAAACCAGAGAACGAGCAAGUACAAGAAGCAGCGGAGGGGAUGAUUUUUGGUGACCUCUGAUUUAUUUUAUUUUCCUUCCAAGAGAUGUAUUUGUUUUUUGUUGCGUUUAGCUUUUUAUUAUUUACUUUUAAUCUACAGUACUCUGCCUUUUAUUUUGGGUUACAGUACGUUGACUGUCACAUUAUCAUUCACUUAUCAAUGUAGAUCAGUGUUUCCCAACCUCGGUCCUCAAGGCACACCAA